AUGGCCUACCUUGUUGAAAUAUUUUCCAUUUUGAAUGAACUGAAUGGAUCAAUUCAACAUGUAAAAAAUGUUGGAGAAUUUAAUAAAAUUGGAUGUUAUAUUGUUUCAGGCAAUAACGUCAGCAAUGGGGAUUUGGGUUUCAGUCCUUCGGAUGGAAUACCUGCCUUGCAAUAUUUCGAAUAUGUUCAACCAGGGUCUGUCGCCGAAAAAGCUGGAAUUAAAAAACUAGAUUUCCUUGCUGAAAUUAACGGUGAAGACGUGAGGUCUUCGACCCAUGCACAUACUGUAUCUCUGUUGAAAAACGCUGUUGGUGAACUUGAGCUGGUCAUCAUAACUGUUCCAAACAUCAACGAAACAUUCUUAACAGGAGUGAUCAACACACGAGUAAAUUAUAGGAAUGAAAUGAACAAACCAAGAAAUUUUAAAUUUCACGAUCAUUCUCUCGGCAUCUUAGAACCUCUGAAUGAAUCCCCCGAAGAAGAUAUUUGUGAAAUAUCGGAGAAAUGUAACGCUGUUCAACUAGAAGAUCAAAAUAUUGUAAAGAAAAAUACGGAAAUUGAAGACGACACUAACUUUGAAAUUGUGUUCAUUAAUGAUCCACAAAUGAAACCUGUAGUACAGCCAAGAAAAUUUCUACUUAAACCUUCAAACAGCUCGCAACCUCCGAAACCCAUUUUACCUUCUGAAUUUGUUACGAAAUCAAAAUCAGUUGAAGUAGUUAGCCCAUUAAAAGAAUACAGACGCCAGGAAUUGAGUAUUAACAACAUCGUUUCUGCUUGGUCUGUUAAUGAUGUGACUAAUUUUCUCAUCUCAUUAGGUUUACUCCAGCACGUUAAUAAUUUUAAAAUCGGUAAAGUCGAUGGUUUUAAGCUUCAGCAGUUAAAAAGACAAGAUUUUAUACAUCUUGGGGUUGACGAUGUCACUCACAGAAUGCACAUCGAACGAGGAAUUCUGAAGGCAAACAGAACGAUGUCUUCGUGUUAA